GUUAUUAUCAACACGUAUACUUCACCCAUUAAAUGGCGAACUCAAUUCGACAACUAAGAAAACAGGGACAAAAUAAAAAAAAUUUGAAUUGGCAAAGGUGAAAGCUUUUUCGCUCCCUUGUUUUUUUUCCCAUCAAUCUCUCCUAUUCCUCAAGAACAAAAUUUGAUGGCGACGAGUAUUGGGAUUAUGGAUGGUGCAUAUUUCGUGGGGAGGAAUGAGAUUCUUGCGUGGAUCAACGCUAGGCUUCACCUCAGUCUCUCUCGUGUUGAAGAGGCGGCAUCUGGGGCGGUGCAAUGCCAGAUGAUGGAUAUGGCACAUCCCGGAGUAGUUCCCAUGCACAAGGUGAAUUUCGAUGCUAAGACCGAAUAUGAUAUGAUCCAAAACUACAAAGUACUUCAAGAUGUUUUUAACAAACUCAAAAUCACCAAGCAUAUCGAGGUCAACAAACUUGUCAAAGGGAGGCCGCUGGACAACUUGGAGUUCCUGCAAUGGCUAAAACGUUACUGUGAUUCUAUCAACGGUGGACUCAUGAAUGAGAAUUAUGAUCCAGUAGAGCGCAGAAGCAAAGGCGGAAAGGAAAGAAAUCCCAAGGCUUCUCAAAAGAGCUCCAAGUCUUUGCAAACAAAUAAUUCUCUGAGUUCUUCAGCAUCAUCCAAUGGAGUGAUUGGCAAUAAGAUUUCCGUUUCAGGCACGAAACAAGGGAAAUCAGGCGAUGUGGCUGAUGCUUCAUUUGAGAUUCAGAGAUUGAAAAACGAGGUUACGGAUCUGAAGCUCUCUGUCGAUUCAUUGGAGAAGGAAAGGGAUUUUUACUUUGCGAAGCUGAGGGACAUUGAAUUACUUUGCCAGACACCGGAGUUGGAUAAUUUUCCAAUGGUCGUGGCGGUGAAGAAGAUACUAUACUCCGCGGAUGAGAACGAUUCGGCUCUUGCUGAAGCUCAACAAAUUGUGUCCCAGUCAAUCAUCAAUCACCAGGAAAUUGAUUUUGAGUGAGCACUCAAUUCCAACUCAAUAUCUCAUCUGCAACUCCCUUCAGAAUCUAGAGAUUGUCUUGCUAUGGCAAAAACUUGCUACUCCUAUUUCAUUUUUAUACCCUAUAAUAUUGAAUCAAUUAAAUGCAAAUAUAGAAAAACAAAUCUAUUGCA